GAGAAUGACAGAUGUUGCCCGAAUAUGAUACACUAUAUUCCUCUGCCUUUUUUGCCUGUAUUCCUAAACAUUACAAUGUAAACCACGGCAGUAAUAAAUGUGACCAGUCUGCGGCAAGUAAGCAUGACGUAUCUUUGAUCUUGCCGAUUGACAGGUAAAUCUUGUCAUGCUCCGCUUACCCAGGUAGACAUCCUUAGCAACUGUUUAUAGCGCCUUUAACGACGACCCUCGGUGUGUUAAAUCAAUCAAACAAUCAAAUCGAUACACAGAUUUGUUUAAGGAUUUCCACAGCUAUUGUAGAAAGUGUAAUUGCGGAAAAUGACAACGAUAGCGUUCGGAGGGGGUCCGUCCCUUGAUCAACGUCGAGGGUUCACCACUCUGAGAGACGGGACACACGUACCAGGAAUUAAGCAGAUUGCCAAACAAUCUAAUAGAUGUGGUAUCAUGGCUCCUAGAGCUGGAGUUAAUCUUCCAGGAUAUCGGGGAUAUUGCCCACAGAUUAAGUACCGUGUUGGUAAAACCUAUGGAACAGACACACAUGAACUUGCUAAGUCACGUAUACAUGUCCAUCCAUCAAAUGCCGUCACCCCCGGCCAAGGGGUACAACUUGUAGAACUACGCAAUACACUGCCAAAAUCAACGGGUGAUAAUAAAUACACAGAACAAAUGGUGCCAGGAUAUACAGGUUAUAUUCCAAGAAUGACAUUUAAAUUUGGCGGUACAUAUAAAGAAGACUGUGACGUAUGUAUCGAUGAAUACAUGACAAACAGAUCAAACCAUGACCAGCGGCAACGUGACUUGUUCCGCCAAGUAAGCUCAAUACCAAGAUUAACAGCAACGUCACAUGACCCUUCAGUGAAAGAGAAACUUGACCGUUAUAGAGAUACUCAUCCGUCUAGACCUUUAUUAAUGGAGGACAAGCGACCUCUGACAGAGCCACCUAUACCGGGAUACAAUGGCUAUAUACCUAGAAUAAAACCCACUGAGCUUGGGCUCGGACAUCGGUACCAUGUGGCAUGUGACAAUGGAUUUAGCCAGUUUGUACGGGAAACUGCGAGACAGUCUGAGAGAUUGACCGGAACCUUGCCAAAAGCAUUAGAAAAAAUUCCACGGGAACAGCUACAAAGUGCACCUGCAGCCUAUAAUAGAAGACUUUACCAAACAGACGGCAUGAUUCCAAAAUACACGGGAUACAUUCCACAAAAACGAUUUGUGUUUGGAAACACGUACGGAGACACUACCAGAACUUUAGAAGUCUGUAGCCACCCCGCAACUUCAUUCGGGGAACAUAUCCAACAGAAAGAAGGAAUCUAGAAAUUUAUGUCAUCGGCAAUGAGUUUUCUUCAGAGUGCUGUGUCUGACCUGAUUAGUGUCUUGAGAGAUGACGAUAGCUUCAGAAAGAAAAAAAAAACACUAUGAAUGUAAAAUGUACUUAUUGGUCUGUAGGUAAGGAUCAUUCAGCAGUUAAAGACAGUUUUCUCUUGAACAGUUGUGGCAUCAGAUUCAACCACAAAGAGUAUAUUUGCUGAUUAUGCGUAUUUGCAAGUUGGCUAAAAACACUUCAAGCAGAGGAUUUAUUAUAGGUGAUAAUUUGUUUAAGGUAGUGGGCCUGCAAUGACUCUUAGCAUCGUCCAUUCAAUUACCUGUUCUCCAUAUGCCAUUUGAGUCGUACCAUGAGAAAACCAACAUUGUGCGUUUGCGACCAGCAUGGAUCCAGUCCAGCCUGCGCUUCCGCGCAGUCUGGUCAGGACCCAUGCUAUUUGCUUUCAAAGCCUGUUGCAAUUAGAAAAACUGUUUGCGAACAACAUGGAUCCUGACCAGACUGUGCGGCUGUGCACUCUGGAUCCAUGUUGGUCGCAAACGCACAAUAUUGUUUCCUCAUGGUGUGGCUCAUUAAGCAUUCUGGGGUUGUUAUGGUUGAAAAAUGCCAAAAUAAUAUAUGAAGAAUACAUUAUUGCAUGGAAAUUGCCGAGCAUCAUUACCAGUUCGCUACCUUAACAGAAAAUUUCAAGGGUUUUAAAUGUAGUUUUCCUACAACGGAUGAAGAAAAAAAAGGGAAAAAAACUUUUAGUAUAGAUGGAAAAAUGACAUAUUACAUGAUAUUUAUGAUUUUACCGUAAGACUGUUUUUACAAGGUGCUCUAAUUUGUAGAGCCCAUCUUAUAUUUUAAUUGAAAAUUCAACUACUUUAUGUGUUUUCUCUCAGACUGACUGAUUGGUUUAAUACGGCAUAGGAUAUUAUAGUCAUAAUUAGGAGUAAAAAAUGAAUAUAAGAAUGUUUGAAUGGACUUAUCAUGGUGAAAAAAAUGCAUGUGUUUAAUAUAAUAUGAGCCGUGCCAUGAGAAAACCAACAUAGUGGGUUUGCGACCAGCAAGGAUCCUGACCAGACUGCGCGGAUGCACAGGCUGGUCUGGAUCCAUGCUGGUCGCAAACCCACUAUGUUGGUUUUCUCAUGGCGAGGUAUUAUAUAUUAAACAGUUUGAAGAUUGAAUGAUGUGCUAAGAUAUACCCAAACCUCAUCAGGAAUGUAUAGACAUGUAACUUGUAGAAAAUUGAAAGUUGUUUUCAUUUUUCUGUUGAAUGUUGUAGUGCUAAUUAUGAAAAAAAUAUGUUGUGAUGAAAAAAAAUGGAAUGGGAUUAACAGAGAGUGAUCAUAACUCAUUGAAUGUAAAGAACACCUUAGUAUAGUUGUCCCCUUAUCUCAUUUCAUAAGAAAUAAUUUUGUUGUGUUAGACAAGCUGAUUUGAUGCAUUUUUUGCCCAACUUUUAACAGAGAAAAGAAGUAAAAUAGAACAGAUCCUCUUACAAAUUCCAGAUUAUGUGUUACAGUGUACCAAAACAGGUCAAUAAAACACUGUGCAUAGCAAAAAUGCUUAAACAAAGUUGUAUAAUGAUUACAAGGUCCUUUUCUUAAUGCAUCGACUAAAAUAGCACUACAAAAAAUUCUGACUUUUCCCCGCAGCUAUGCAAACCUCACAUUGACUCAAUGCUUUGUUAAGCUACCCUGUAUUUCUGUGGGGUUGGUUCAUCAAGGGAGUUAUACAAUUGACAAAAUAAAUGCAUUAUGGUCGGAAUCUCUCAUCUCUCAUUAAUGCAUUAAGGUUUUUACGACUUUCGGAUAUUUUUUCAAUCUAUGGUAUGCCAUAAUGGCACAUUGAGAGAGAAGAAUUUAAACUGUAUUGUAAUAUUAUAGAUAUGUUUGGUCUUUAUUUUUUCCACCAUUCCAUAAUACUAAAUCAAAAUUUACGAUGCAUAACUUGUAUUUUGUUCAUGAUGUAUUUUUGUGUUGAUUAUAUGAAAGAAUUUUACACAAGCUGUAAGGAGCAUUUUGCAUAUAUCUGUGAUAUUAGUACACAUUAGUACAUAUAAAUUUCUUUCUGCAGAAAGUACAGGUUUAACAUUGUUAUUGACAUCAAAGUGAAGUCAAGUUUUGACAUAAAAAUGACAUGUUAAGUGGAUUCUGUCGGCCCUUGAACAAUUGUAUAUACACAGACCAAAUAUGGUACCCCCAUGCCAGAAAGUUCCAACUUUUAAAAAAUGAUAUCUAAUGAAAUUUUAUGACACCAUACUGUAAAAGUUGAAUUUUGAAAUUUUAAUUUUUUUUGGCAUAAAUUCUUUCAGAAGUUGUUGAAGGUGUUUUAUUCAUUUUAUUUUGAAUUUUAUUUUUCAAAUUGUUAAGCUUUAGCCUGCUGGCAGUAAGUGAUCUUGCCCAGUGCAGACCAAGAUCAGCCUGCACUGUUUGCUAUUCAGUCAGUAAACUUUCAUUGAACACCCCUUUGAAUAAUAAAUGGUAUUGCCCAAAUUGAAUGACGGACCAGUCCAUUUUAGAAAUUUAGCAGGGUUAAGGUUUAAGCUUGCAGUUUCCGAAGAAUGCAUUUUAUAUGUAUAUGUAAUAUAUUCUUUAUUGUAUAGAUUAGAAUUAUUGUUUUUCAGAGCUCAUUAGACUCAUAGAGACUGCCAUGUAAUGAAAGCUUUCCUUAACCCUUAGCCUGCUGCAGGCGAAUUUAACAGCCUUUGCAAACAGCUUGGAACCAGAUCAGACGCCGAUUAAAUCGGCGUCUGAUCAGGUUCCAAGCUGUUUGCUACUCUGACAAUAUUUAUUCCAGUUUUGGAGCAAAUUGAAUGAACUUUACAAUUUAAGCAGACAACAUUCCCAGCAGACGACAGUUUAUCUAGCAUGCUAAAGGUUAAAGUUCCUUUAAGGUUGGGACGAAAAUUGUUUAUAAAUAAAGUUUUUGAUAAAGUGUUAAAUUUUUAGACCCUUUACCUACCAAAAUUUUGUUCAUAGUCCUAUAGAUCUUCUCUUGUCUUAACACACUCUGCAUAGAAGUAAAUGCUCAAAAAUUGCCAGUUGACUAUGUGCUUCCCUAGUUAAUUGGCCAGUUCCCUGAGUUGAUGAAUUAUCUGUAAUAAAUAAGUUUUAAAUAAAAACAUAUCGUAGUCAAUGAGUAAACUACUGCACUGUGGAUCUCACCUUUUUUUUUUGUAAAUUUUGAGACGCAAAAGUUUCAUCUUUAGUGUUAAUAUAUGCGAUAGGUUAAAUGCACUAGGUUCACAUAAUUAUUUGAAAUUUUUUGUAAAACUUUUAAAACUGAAAAGGAGUAGAAAAUUUGUAUGUUAUAUAGUGUUUUAUGUGUUGAUAAUAAAAAUUAAGUGAUGUUGUGCUAAAAUAUAGCCAUAUAGUUUAUUUAUACGCAAAACCUUUUGUUUACAAAAUAAUAUUUACCAGAAAUUGUGUUAUUCAUAUUUUAACAAAACUAUUAAAUUUGUUGGUUAGUUGAUGUUUUGAUAUUUAAUGCACUCAAAAUUUUAGAAUUACCAAUUGCUCAAUUUAGAACAUGUUGAAUUGAACUUGUAUUUGAAUUAAUGGUUCUGUUUGUUUGUUAAACUAUAUGUUACACAUUAAUGAACCAUGUUUGUGUAUACAGCUUUCUCGGCUUAUAACAUGUCCAAUCACUGAUCUCUUUGUAGAUAUUUUUAUACAUGAAAGAUGAUAUUGUUGGAAAAUUUCAGCACCCAGCUGUAACACGGCUGUUUAAGAACCGGCUUUCAACAUUUCCACACAUUUACAGAAGAACCUGCUUUAAGUGUUUCUACACCUUCAAAAAGGAACCUUUGGUCACUCCAGCACUUCAUGUGUACUUAAGAUUUAAUGCAUUUCUUAUAUGGUGAAGUGCUUAUUUUCCAUAUUGGUAAACUGUCAUUGUGGAGACACCUAUAGUUUAAUGCCAUACAUAUGCCCCUUCAAUCACCCUGGCUAUGACUUUAAUUUCCAUCAGUUUAGUGCUACUUUUAGCUUUUCAUUAAAAUAUUGUUUCAAGUUUUUGACAACACUAUACUUAAAUAUUUUUUAAUUAUCUCUUAAUGAUAAGCUGUUUGCGAUAUAUAGAACAUUCUUUUCUUUCACAUUAUAUGCUUUCUGUGAUUUUCUCCAUUUUUUUCUUUUAUACUAAUAGUCACUCUUUAAUGUCUGAGAUGGAGGUAACAGAAUAAAAUUUAUGUCAAUAAAUACUACCAAGAUUUUCAGUUACUGCAAAUUUUAAUUGACAUGAAUUUUAUAUCUGCUGAAGAUUUAAGAAGAUUAUUUAAUUUUUUCUUUUUAUUUCUAUAGUUACUCUUUAAUGUGUGUUAUAAUAAUUAUAAGAUUAGGAGUUUUAUAAAUUUUGUUGUUUACUGCUGUGAUAUUUAAGAAAUAAAUUGUGAUUAUCUGGCUUUAAAGUACAAUAAUUAUAUUUUUCCUUUAAAUCUUUCUUUUUAUUUACAAAUAAAGUCACUUUUUUAUUCUUUAAACUUCGGAGUUAAAUAAAUAUAAGUCUAGACUUGGGAUGGCUGUGAUUUUCAUAUAUUAAGUAAUCAGUGGUUUUCAUGUUUAUAGGUACAAAACAUUCUAUUUCUUUAAAAAAUAUUGUGUUUUUUUAUUUACAUAGUCACUCUUUAAUGUAUGAUUAUUAUAAAUUUAGUUUUGAUUGUAAAUAAAGGAAAUACUGUUCUGCUGUACUUCUCAAAUUGGACAGUUGGUGUCUUUAUUCUGAAAGACUUGACACCCUUCUUACAUAUCAGCUCUGUCUGAUUUAUUGCAUGUAUCAUUGAACUAAUAAAUGUUAAGAAACA